GCCCCCGGGCCGUGACUCCCAGGCUCGCUGAAGCGCCCUUGGGGUUCCCGCGCCGCGCUGCGGACUCGCGAGUGGGGAGUGAGGCGCAGCCCCGGCGGUGGAUGCAGUUAGCCUCGCAGGCCGGGUGGCCAUCAGCACCUGCUAGGUUUGCUGGGACACCGCCUUGCAGUCGCCGCGCCACCAGGGCUGAGGAGCAAACCCAAGACUUGAGCAUGUUAAGCGAGCACUCCUGGUUAUUGUUUUUAUAGUUUGGCAGAUUUUCUUUUAAACUUGUUAAAAAUAUGGAGCCUGACACUGAGGGUCCGCCACCAACAAUACAAGUAACACCUCUUCAGCAAAUGAUUGCCUCUUGUACCGGAGCUAUAUUGACGUCACUAAUGGUGACACCCCUGGAUGUUGUUAAAAUUCGACUCCAAGCCCAGAACAACCCAUUCCCCAAAGGAAAGUGUUUUGUGUACAGUAAUGGACUCAUGGAUCAUAUGUGUGUCUGUGAAGAUGGGAGCAAGAAAGCAUGGUACAAGAAGCCAGGAAAUUUCCAUGGAACACUGGAUGCCUUUUUAAAGAUUCUUCGAAAUGAGGGCAUCAAAUCCCUGUGGAGCGGCCUCCCUCCUACUCUAGUGAUGGCAGUCCCCGCCACAGUUAUUUAUUUUACCUGCUAUGAUCAAUUAAGCGCUUUUUUGAGAGCUAAAUUAGGAGAAAAUGAAACCCGAAUACCAAUAGUUGCUGGAAUUGUUGCCAGAUUUGGUGCAGUAACAGUGAUAAGUCCAUUAGAGUUGAUCAGAACUAAGAUGCAGUCUAAGAAGUUUUCUUACAAGGAACUACAUCGAUUUGUGAGCAAGAAAGUGUCUGAAGAUGGCUGGAUCUCCCUUUGGAAGGGCUGGGCUCCUACUAUUCUCAGAGAUGUGCCUUUCUCAGCGAUGUACUGGUAUAACUAUGAAAUUUUAAAGAAGUGGUUGUGUGAGAAAUCUGGUUUAUACGAACCGACAUUUAUGAUCAACUUUGCUUCAGGGGCAUUGUCUGGUUCUUUUGCAGCUGUUGCGACUCUGCCAUUUGAUGUAGUGAAAACACAGAAGCAGACACAACUCUGGACGCACAGCAGUGGGAGAGUUCCUGUGCCUUUGCAUGUGUCAACCUGGGCUAUAAUGAAGAACAUUGUUUCUGAAAAUGGAUUUUCUGGGUUGUUUACAGGUCUGAUUCCUCGAUUAAUUAAAAUUGCUCCUGCUUGUGCCAUUAUGAUCAGCACAUAUGAAUUUGGAAAGGCUUUUUUCCAGAAACAAAAUAUUGAAAGGCAGUAAUUCUCUUGAUGGACUUUUGACUUAAAAUGUCAACCAAAGCCAAACGAGGUGAAGAUUGAUAGGCAAGAUGGGUUUUUCAACAUUAUUCUCUUACAGUGUGAAUUUAUCAGUCUUCCCUAUAAUUUAAAUGAAUAAUAAUUUCUAAUCUACCUCUAAACCAUAAUCCUAGUUUUAAUUUUAUGAGAUUUUAAAAACAUAAUCCAGAAGCUGCAGCCACUUUGUAAUCUUUGCAGAGAAAGUGACUUCUUAGAAGAGAAAGGAGAUUUCUGAGUGCAUCUAGCAUUCCCCUUCUCUGAUGUUUCUGUGGGGCAUAUUUUCACUGGUGUAUACCACGCAAAUUUGGAUCUGCAGUAGAAACCCAUGCUGUACGUAGACUAGUGGGAGUAAAUAGUUUUGAGCACUCUUCACCUGGCCUGUCUCCCAAGUGUCAUUGCUGUAGAGUUCUUCAGGUCACUUCUACAACUCUUUCUGAUAAAAUGAACAAACCCUAAUCCAAAAGACCAAAAUAUAAAAUGAUCCAAAAGUUUCAAGUCUUUUCUGUGACAUCCCCUGAUGAUGCUGCUACAAGUGGAAAAGCACAGCCUUCCUUCGGUGACAGCAUACGGAACGUAGGCACACAGAGACUGCACACAGAUUGCCUUCCGGCUCUUUGUAUAAAUUGUACGUGAAACGUGAAUAUGUUUAUCACUAAGUAGGAAUGAGGUUCUUAAAAAUUAGAUUUACUUGUUUUUUGUGUAUGUCUGUGUAUAUAUGAAGGUCAGAGGCAAACUUUGAUGAGUUAGUUCUUACCUUCCACCAUGUGGGUCUUGGGAUUUGAACUGAGGUCCCCAGGCUUAGCAGCAAGUGCCUUUACCCACUGAGCCAUCUUAAUGGCCCAGGAAUGAGAAUUUUAAGUAUGAUUGGAAUGUAGCUCAGAGGUAGAACACUUGCCUUUGAAAUGUGAAACUCUUCAGUUUGAUCUCCAGCACAGAUGAUAAAUAAUAAAUGAGAUGGCAAUGUAAGAAAUGCUGUUCUGUUUUACUUAUUCCAGUGAAGCAAAAAGCACUUUAUUACAUUCUUUGUGCAUUCUAUGAAACAGGAAGUAUUCCCUCUCUGCCCCAACAGCAUAUUGUAUUUGGUGACAGUGAUCUCUAGUGUUGGUGGGAGAAUAAAUGUAUUAUAGAAAGCGUUUGUAUGUUUCAUCAGAAAUAAAUGAUACAGGGUUUAUUGUAUCAUGGAUUUUUAUGUUACAAUCCUGUGUUGAUUUACAUUAAAAUUUUAAUAUAUCCAUA